CGCUGAAAGGCCCUUCGUUUUGGAGAGAAAGAGUUGCCGCCGCCUCUCUUCCCUCUCUCCGUCUGGCCGCUCUCUCUCUCUCUCUCUCUCUCUCUCUCUCUCUCUCUCAUUCGCAAGAACACAGAGAUUUGUAUUUUUGAGUAUUCCAACUGGCGAGUGGAAUAUGGCGCAUACAACUGAGGGUGUAUCUGAGACUAUCGAGGCAGUUCGGUUCAGCUUCAUGUCAGAUGAGGAGGUCAGGAAGCAGAGUGUUGUAAAGAUUACAAACCCUAUUUUGCUUGACAGCAUCGAGAGGCCUGUCCCCGGAGGGCUGUAUGAUCCAGCAAUGGGACCACUAGACGACCACACGCCCUGUAAGUCUUGUGGCCAGCGGCCGUUUUAUUGCCCGGGUCAUUGCGGCCAUAUUGACCUCAUUACACCAGUCUACAACCCAUUGCUAUUUGAUAUGCUUCAUAAUCUUUUACAAAGAACCUGUUUCUUUUGCCGACACUUUAGAGCACCCAGGGGAGAGGUUGAAAAAUGUGCUGCUCAAUUGGAGCUCAUAGCUGAGGGUGAUAUUAUUGGUGCCAAAAGUUUGGGUUCAGACUCACCAAUGGAGCCAGAUAAUGAGGGGAGUGAUGGUAGCCAUGUGUCCUGUUCUACUGUUUAUUCUGGUCCACGGGCUGACCGCACUGGGCACCGGAGUCAAGCCUGGACCUCUGUUCAAUUCACUGAAGCAAUGGCUGUCUUGAAUAAUUUUCUGAAGCAACCAAGGUCUGCCACUUGCAAAAACUGCCAUGCCAAAAAUCCAAAGAUCAGUAAACCUACUUUUGGAUGGUUUCAUCUGGGUGGUUCUGAUGCCCAUACUAGAGCAAACAUCAUUAGGGGCCAGAAGUUGGGAGUCCCAUACAGUAGUGAAACUGAAGAGAAACCUUUGCCUGAAGUUGUGAAUGAGGAUGAUUUUGACACGGCUGGAAGCGGUGUGUUUAUGGAUACCUCUGAUGGGAAAGGUGCUCCAGCAAAACAAGGAAGAAAUAAAAGGGAGCACGGGCCUCGUGAAUUCUUCGAACAGAAGAAAAUUUUGUCACAGCCUUUUUUACCAACUGAGGCUAGAGACACUUUAAAGAUUCUGUGGGAAAACGAGGCUCACCUCUGCUCUUUUAUCAGUGACAUUCAGCAAGAGCAAUUCUGCACAUCAGAAAAUAGAAUGGGUUACUCUAUGUUCUUCUUAGAGACCAUUCUUGUGCCCCCAAUUAAGUUCCGUCCUGCAGCCAAGGGUGGUGAUUCUGUUAUGGAGCAUCCUCAAACUGUUCUACUUGGCAAAGUGCUGCAGUCAAAUAUAGCUUUAGGAAAUGCUUAUGUUAACAACCCUGAGCAUUCGAAGAUUGUUAGCCGGUGGAUGGAUCUUCAACAAUCUGUAAAUGUUUUAUUUGAUAGCAAAACUGCUACAGGUCAAGGUCCACGAGAGCUUGCUUCCGGAAUAUGUCAAUUGCUGGAGAAGAAGGAGGGAAUCUUUCGCCAGAAGAUGAUGGGAAAGAGGGUUAAUUUUGCAUGCCGUUCUGUUAUAUCUCCAGAUCCAUAUUUGGCAGUUAAUGAAAUUGGGAUUCCUCCAUAUUUUGCAUUAAGAUUGACUUAUCCAGAGAAAGUGACACCUUGGAAUGUUGUCAAUUUAAGAGGUGCCAUUAUCAAUGGCUCCGAAAUACAUCCUGGGGCUACCCAUUAUGUCGAUAAAUUGUCUACUGUGAAACUGCCAUCAAGCAAGAAAGCGCGUAUUACAAUUUCAAGAAGAUUACCUUCUUCCAGAGGGGUGGUUACGCAGUAUGGGAAAGGUGGAGACUAUGAAUUUGAAGGUAAAAUUGUAUAUCGACAUUUGCGAGAUGGAGAUAUUGUGCUCGUCAAUCGGCAGCCUACGCUUCACAAGCCAAGUAUUAUGGCACAUGUAGUUCGCGUGUUGCAUGGGGAGAAAACCCUUCGUAUGCAUUAUGCAAAUUGCAGUUCAUAUAAUGCUGACUUUGAUGGUGAUGAAAUGAACGUUCAUCUACCUCAAGAUGAAAUUUCCCGCGCCGAAGCUUAUAAUAUUGUGAAUGCUAAUCAUCAGUACAUUGUUCCAACUAGGGGUGAUACUGUCAGAGGCUUGAUCCAGGAUCAUAUUGUAAGUGGUGUGCUUCUUACGAUGAAGGACACAUUUCUAACAUAUGAUCAAUUCAAUCAGCUUCUCUAUGGUUCUGGUGUGUUUGCUGCUGGCUCAUCUUUUGCCAAAACUUCCAAGAAAGUCUCUAUGGUAGAUUUUGAAGCUCUGAUGCAGCCUGUUUUGCCUUCCAUAUGGAAACCAGAGCCACUUUGGACUGGGAAACAGGUCAUUAGUACACUGCUAAGUUAUUUGACUAGAGAGUACACACCGUUCACUGUUGAGAAACAUGGAAAGAUUCCAUCGUCUUAUUUUGGAAGCCAAUCUGAUCAAUGUCAAACUAGCAAAGAUGGCAAAAGUGAAGAACAUGGAGAGCAUAUGCUGUUCAUUUGGAAGAAUGAGCUUGUGCAUGGUGUGAUUGACAAGGCUCAGUUUGGCAAGUAUGGCUUGGUUCAUACUGUGCAGGAGCUCUAUGGAUCUAAAACUGCAGGCAUUUUGCUUUCUGCUCUCAGUCGCUUAUUUACGGUGUUUUUGCAGAUUCAUGGCUUCACAUGUGGGGUGGAUGACCUUAUGAUCCUGCCCCGUUAUGAUAUCAAAAGGAAGAAGGAACUUCAGGAUGAAGAUGUUGGUGAAGAAGUUCAUUGUGAUUUCUUUAUGUUCAACCCUGGUACAAUUGGCCCGAUGAAACUGCAACUGGAGAUUGAGAAAGCUAUACACAAAAGUGGAGAAUCUGCCAUAACAUCCAUGGAUUUGAAGAUGAAGAAUAAGCUCCAUGAUAAGACUUCUAAUAUCAACAAAGAUUUGUUGCUUAAAGGAUUACUAAAACCGUUUCCAAAGAAUUGCAUUUCACUUAUGACUAUUAGUGGUGCUAAAGGUAGUACGGUCAAUUUCCAACAAAUAUCUUCAUGUCUGGGCCAACAAGAGUUAGAAGGAAAACGAGUACCUCGAAUGGUUUCAGGAAAAACCCUACCCUGCUUCCCUCCAUGGGAUUUUUCAUCUCGAGCUGGAGGUUUUAUUUCUGAUCGCUUUCUUACGGGUCUGCGCCCUCAGGAGUACUACUUCCAUUGCAUGGCUGGUCGUGAAGGAUUAGUUGAUACUGCAGUCAAAACAUCUCGAAGUGGGUACCUGCAGAGGUGCCUGGUAAAAAACCUAGAGUGCUUGAAAGUUUGUUAUGAUUAUACAGUCCGAGAUGCAGAUGGAUCGAUUAUCCAAUUUACCUACGGAGAAGAUGGUGUUGAUGUACACCAAACGAGCUUUAUUGCACAAUUUAAAGCCCUGGCACUGAACCAAGAAACAGUGAGCCAAAAGUUUCAGCAUGAGCUUGAAUUCAAUGAUUACAUUAAGGAGUUGCCAGAAGGUAUUGCCAAAAAAGCGCAAAAUUAUAUACAUGACCUCAAGAGGAAAAAGGUAUCAUUGGAACUGAAGAAACCAGAGGACUUAAUGAAGCUAGUCAGGCAAAAAUAUAUAUCUAGUCUUGCACAUGCAGGGGAACCAGUUGGUGUUAUUGCUGCACAAUCCGUUGGUGAACCAUCAACUCAGAUGACGCUAAACACCUUCCAUCAUGCUGGGCGGGGAGAAAUGAAUGUGACACUAGGCAUUCCCCGGUUACAGGAAAUUUUGAUGACUGCUUCAAAUGAUAUUAAGACCCCUAUAAUGACAUGCCCACUGGUGGCAGGAAAGCUGAAGAAGGAUGCUGAAGGCCUUGUGAGAAAAGUGAAGAAGGUCACUGUUGCAUACUUAAUAGAGAGCAUGGAAGUUGGUGUUUUUCCGGAAAACAUUGAUGAUGAUGACCAGAUAUCCAAUGAUAAUGACCAGAUAUCUUGGAUCUACAAACUUAAGAUGAAGCUUGUUGAAUGUCAACAAUUUUCAUUUGAAGACUAUGAGGAAACUCUGGGAGUUGUGUUUUUGAGGGAAUUGGAAGACGCAAUACAAAAUCAUUUAUUUCUGCUCUCGAGAAUUAGUGGAAUAAAAAACUUCAUUCCAGAAUCACGGCCAAUGGCGUCCCAUGAUACUGAUGAGGAUGCUGCUAGCAGCCGUAAACAAGGGGAAGAAAAUGAUGAUGAGGAUGAUAUCAAUGAAGAUGAAAGGGCUGAUGAUCUUGGUCUGGAUACGGAAAAAAGAAAACAACAAGCAACGGAUGAGAUGGAUUAUGAGGAUGGCUCUGAAGAUGAACCCCAUGAAGAAGAACCAUUAGCUGGAUCCGCAUCAGAAAAUGAUGAUGAAGUUAUAGAGGAUGGCGAAGUUGGGGAGGAUAAUAGUGCAGAUGAAGCAUCCAAAAUGACACAUAAGCAUGCAGUUCUGUCUGAGCCUGAGCCUGAGCCUGAGCCUAAAUCAAAUGAUAAGAAAAGCAAAUCAAAAUUGAAAGGAAAGAAGAGGGUCAAAACCAAGGACCAUGAUAGGGCAGUCUUUGUUCAUGCUAAUGGAUUGGAAUUUGAGGUCCAUUUCAGGUUUACAACUGAGCCUCAUAUUUUGCUGGGCCAGAUUGCUCAGAAGACAGCCAACAAGGUCCAUCUCAAGAACUCUGGGAAGAUCGAUAUGUGUCAAGCGAUCAAGUCUGGCAAAAACGAUCAAGUUCUUUGGAAAGAAGAUGGCAAAGCCAGUAACCAUUCAGUGAAGAAAGAUGGCGAGGAUGACCCGGGUCCUUGGGCUCUGAAGACGGCUGGUGUGGAUUUCCGCACACUCUGGGAAAUGCAAGACGACCUUGAUGUUACUCGCAUAUAUUCCAACAACAUUCAUGCCAUUCUCAGUACGUAUGGAGUAGAAGCUGCCCGGGAAACCAUCAUACGCGAGGUGACGCACGUUUUCCAGAGCUACGGUGUGGAGAUCGACUAUCGACACCUGAGUCUCAUCGCCGACUAUAUGACACACUCGGGUGGAUACCGUCCAAUGAGCAGACAUGGCGGCAUAGCAGACUCAAUAUCACCUUUCCUUAAAAUGUCUUUUGAAACUGCUUCCAAGUUCAUUGUUGAAGCAGCCUCUCAUAGAAUGACGGAUAACUUGGAGACCCCAUCAUCAAGGAUUUGUCUUGGCUUGCCAGUGAAGAUGGGAACUGGCUCUUUUGACUUGAUGCAGAAACUAGAGCUCUGAAGUAAAUUGUGUCAAAAACCAACUUUUUUCUUUUCGUCCAGUCAUUGGGUUUUGAUAUUUUUACAGCCAGGGAAUGUUUUCUGAUCAUGAUGAGUGUAAAAUCUAUAUCAUUUUUUGGGUCUUUCAUUGCCUCUUGUUACAUCUUUCAUUCUCAUAUAUUGAUAAGGGAGUUUAUUAGUUCAAA